CGAACGCUAAUUUUACUCAUUUAACUGCGGGAACAGAGUGAGUUAAAAGCAAGAGGAUGAUGUCGAAGUUGAAGCUUCAGUGAAGUGUGUGAAUCCAAUGUGAUUUACGAACAACCGGUUUAAUUCAUUAAUCACAGCCGUUCAAACUUUCCUGAUGUGAAGGAGACAGCUAAACUCUGUAACAGAAGAUGUUAUAAUGGAGGUUUCUCUUUGUAUCCUGCUCUUUUUACUGCACUUCAAUGAGGGAAUUCAUGGGGUACGCUUCACCAAAAACCCUUCCAACCAAACGGUGACUCAGGGUAACAUGGUCCGGCUGGGCUGUGCCUUUGAGGGUUUGAGUGAACCAGAGAUUAUCUGGAUGAAGGAUGGAGAGAAGCUCUUCAGCACUGAUCAGAUGUACAUCACACUGGAUCCAUAUCACUGGGAAACCUUUCACAGUGUUAAAUCUGUGCAGCAACAAGACGCUGGAAAGUACUGGUGUGAAGUUGAAUAUCACGGCGCAAUCAUUUCCUCUGAGCCUGCUUGGAUUACAGUAGCAGGUGUGCCUCAUUUUGGCGUAGAACCUGAGGAUGUGGCUGCAUUUGCAGGGGAGUCGUUCAAUCUGACGUGUGCUGCUUCAGGCCCUCCAGAGCCUGUGGAGGUGCUGUGGUGGCUGGGGGGUGAACAGAAUGGCGAUUUUACACCCUCCCCAUCAGUUCUCUUUGUUAAAGGUGUGAAUGAGAGUAUAAAGUUUCACUGCGAGGCCAAGAACGCUCGAGGCAUCUCCGUGUCCCGCACAGGCACUGUGCACAUUAAAGCCCGGCCUGAUUCCCCUCGGGACGUACAGGUUCAUCAUGUGUCGGAUUUUAACAUAACUUUAACAUGGAGUCCAGGUUUCACUGGGCAUUCGCAGCUUUCCACCUGCACUAUACAGUUGUCAAGGGGACCUGGAAAGAAGGUCAAGCUUCCUGAUGUGGUUGUGGAAGUUCCUCCAUUCCAGCACGUGUUUGAAGGGCUUCGCAGCUACUCGAAUUACAGUGUGAGAGUCCGGUGUGAUAAUGAGGUGGGCUCUUCCCCCUUCUCUCCCUGGGUGGACUUUCACACUCCACAGGCAGCACCGUCAGCAGCUCCAAAGAACUUUACCUUUGACCUCAGCGAGCAGCAGCUCACUCUGUCCUGGGCGACGCUGGAACAGGAGGAGCUUCGAGGAAGAUUACUGGCUUAUAAACUGCAGUGGAACCAAGGAGGAGAGAGUCAGGAUCCCUUACUGUUUAAGGAGAAUGUUGCCCAUCUUUCGGGUGCAGGGCGCUUCUUUAACGCCACCUUCCAGGUUGCAGCGUGCACAAUGGCAGGAUGUGGCCCGUGGAGUCAGCCUGUUCUUGUUAUGCCUGUGUCAGCCAUGCAGGCUCAGACACAGAGGGGCCACAUGUGGGUGGGCCUGCUUUUCGGGCUUCUUGUGGCCACCAUGGUGGGACUCUUGUUGAUUGUAUUGAUACGAAACCGAGGCAAAGAGACACAGUUUGGGUCUGCAUUCGCAGCUCAAGGAGCGGAAGUACCGGUUUCCUUCACAGCUGCAAGGUCCUUCAACAGGCAGUUCCCCGAGCUCCCAGAAUCCACAUUGGACAGUCUGGGAAUCAACAGUGAUUUGAAGGCCAAGUUACAGGAUGUUCUCAUCUCCGAAAGGCUCUUAACUCUGGGACGCAUGCUAGGAAAAGGGGAGUUUGGCUCUGUGAGAGAAGCUUUCCUCAAAUCCGAGAACAACUCUGGGCAGAAGGUUGCUGUGAAAGUCCUAAAAACGGACAUUAAUUCAUCCAGUGACAUUGAGCAAUGCCUGAAAGAAGCUGCCUAUAUGAAGGACUUCCACCAUCCCAAUGUCAUUCAGCUUAUAGGUGUGAGUUUGCACAGAAGAGCCCAGCAGCGUCUGCCUGUUCCUAUGGUCAUCCUGCCCUUCAUGAAACAUGGAGAUCUCCACACGUUUCUUCUCAUGUCUCGUCUCGGAGAUGAACCUUUUACUGUUUCUCAGCAAAUUCUCAUCCAGUUCAUGCUGGAUAUCGCUCGAGGGAUGGAGUAUCUAAGCAACAAAAACAUCAUCCAUCGGGAUUUGGCUGCGCGCAACUGCAUGUUGAAUGAAAACAUGAGCGUAUGUGUAGCAGAUUUUGGUCUCUCGAAGAAAAUCUACAGCGGUGACUACUAUAGGCAAGGCUCUGUCUCCAAAUUGCCUGUAAAGUGGAUUGCUUUGGAAAGCCUGGCUGAUAAUGUCUACACAACACAGAGUGAUGUGUGGGCGUUUGGUGUGACUAUGUGGGAGAUCAUGACUAGAGGUCAAACACCUUACCCAGGAGUGGAGAACUCUGAGAUCUACGAGUAUCUUAUCAAGGGAGAAAGACUAAAGCAGCCGCCGGACUGCCCUGCUGACAUUUACGAAAUCAUGCACAGCUGUUGGUCUCCAGUGCCUAAAUGCCGCCCCAGUUUCCAGCACCUCAUUGACCAAUUGGAGCUCCUGUGGGCGAAGUUGAAUCCUGCUCCUGUAAAAGAGCCAUUGCUGUAUGUCAACCUUGAGGAGGAAGAUGGAGAACAGGCUAAUAGCGGGACCCGGAGCAGUGAGGAGCCCUCAUGGGGCGUCCCGUGGCAGUGUGCAGGUAUUGAGGAAGACGAAAAAGAUUGGUUAAUGGUGUCAUCGGGAGCUGCUCUUGCUAUUGGUGGAGAUUACCGGUACAUCAUUGGCCCGUCUGUUAGCGCCAUUGAUGAAGAGAGCAGACAUUCUGACGACGGACUAUCGGAGGAUAUCAGGGAAGAAGAAGAGGAUGUUAUUAUUAAUGUGUGAUUUAUACUGUUGAAGUCUGAAUUAUUAGCCCACCUGUUUAUUUUUCCCCUAAUUUCUGUUUAACAGAGAGGAGAUUUCUACAACACAUUUCUAAAUAUGAUAGUUUUAAUAACUGAUUUCUUUUAUCUUUGCCAUGAUGACAGUACAUCAUAUUUGACUAGAUAUUUUUCAGGAUACUAGUAUUCAGCUUAAAGUGCAUUUAGGGGGCUUUCACACCUGCCUUAUUUAGUUCGAUUGAAUCGCACUAGAGUUUGUUUCCCCUUUUGGUACGGUUCGUUUGGGCAGGUGAGAAUGCCGUACUCGAGUGCGCACCAAAAGCGGACCAAAUAAGCGUACCGAGACCUGCUUGAAGAGGUGGUCUUGGAACGCUUUCAAACGAACCCUGGAGCAGCUGCUUUGUUGUGAGAAUAUGAUCCGUACUAAAACAGGUCCAACCGCAAAAAUUACUGCGCGUUUUGGACUAAUUCAGCUGCAGUAGGCCGAUGCGCUGUGCAUUAUGGGAUAUGGAGGAAAAAUAUUUGUUGACAGCGCUUUACCAACAGAGAGAGAGAGAGAGGGUAAAACAUUAUCUGAUGGAUCGUUGGUAAUAUUUCCGCAAGAUGACCAUGUCGCAAUUUAGCUAAAUUAAUUCACGCCUCCUCCUGAAGUGAUGAGCGAUGCAUUAAACACUGUUUUCCAGCCGUGGCCGCG